AAGUGUUACUGUGUUAGUGUAGUGAUGGCGGGCGAGGAGGGAGGGAGCUCGGGCCCUGCUGCAUCACACGGCCACGUCUCUGAUGAUGACUUAGACUGGAUCACUCUCAGGAAUGACAUCAACGCUAUCCAGGUCAACGCAUAUGAAUCACCCGGAAAUAAGUUCUGGAAGAAAUUUCAAGAAAACCCAUUAGUACCAGUUGGAUGUGGAUUAACAACAGCUGCCCUCUGCAUUGGGUUGAGGAGUUUAAGUACUGGUCAACGCAAAACUUCCCAGGCUAUGAUGAGGUUCCGGGUUUUAGCACAGGGCUUUACUGUCGUUGCUCUGAUGCUAGGUGUUUUAAAGACAUCAAUGCAUUAAUUGGCAUUAGUACAACCAUUUGAAUAUACUCUCACCAAAAUUUUUCAGUUAAAUUAACAAAUCUGAUAUGAGGACUAACAGGUCUCAGAAGUGGUUGUACUGUAUUAUUUUAUAUAGUGGAAAAUUAAUGAUUUAGACUAGACAAAUUUGUAGUUUAUAUUAUUCACAUUGGUCAUUUGUAGUUCACUUGCAGCAGCAUAAUGUUCACCUGUGUAUUUAUUUUGUAAUGCCUUAAUUAAAGCUCAUGUGUACAAUAAAUUACAGCAAAUACAAGCUGUUCUUACUGGAUAUCCAGUAACUACUGUAUAUCCUACUGUAUAUCCUACUGGAUAUCCAGUAGCCUCGGUAUUAUUCAAAAUGAAGUGUGUUUAAUUUUAGGAAUAAAGACUUGUACAGUAUA